CAUGCGUGGUCAAUUUUUUGUUAUGAGAUUAUAUACAAUUUUUGUUGCCGGUACCAUGUUCGCGAAUUUUUUCAAGAUUCCUAAAUUAAUGAAUAGUUUUCUGAUAAUUAUCGUGUUAGUAUGUGAAAUUUUAUCUUCAGAAGUACCUCGUCCGAGAGGCGUUUCUCUCUCGAGAGCAUCUCUUUAUCCUCCAGAUAAAGAUUUCACUUGCUUUGAUGGCAGUAAAACGAUACCGUUCACCCAAGUGAACGACGAUUACUGUGACUGUCAAGACGCCAGUGACGAGCCAGGAACGUCUGCUUGCCCCCAUGGGAUAUUUCACUGCACAAACGCCGGACACAGACCUGAAAACAUUCCAUCUAAUAGAGUUAACGAUGGGAUCUGUGACUGCUGUGAUGGCACUGAUGAGUAUGCUAGUGAUAAAUCCUGCCAGAACAAUUGCAUCGAACUUGGAAGAAGUGCUAGGGAAGCUGCACAACGUAGAUCCGAGUUGAUCAAAGUGGGAAAACAGUUGAGGGCUGAACUAAGCCAAAAAGGAAUUCAGCUCAAACAAGAGAAGCAGUUGAAGAUAAAUGAGUUGCAGAAAAACAAAGAAGAAGCAGAAAAAUUGAAAGCCGAAAGGGAAGCCCUUAAGAAGGAAGUCGAGGAACAAGAGAAUGCUGCUCUUGAAUACUACAGACAGUUAGAAGAGGAAAUCAAGAAGAAGAAAGCUGAGGAAGAAGAGAAAAAGAACAGAGCUGAAGCUAUUGAAACUUUUAAUGAAUUUGAUUCAAAUCAGGACGGCUUGGUGGACAUUUCUGAAUUGAGAACCAGAGAAAGCUUUGACAAAGAUAGGAAUGGAGAAGUAUCUGAAGAAGAGGCUAAAUAUUUCCUGAACCUCCAGGAUUCUGUGGACUUGGAAACGUUUGUUGGGGAGUGUUGGAAGAGUAUCAAACCCUAUUUAAUGAUGGAAACUGGUGUCUUCAAACCUCCCAUAACAGAACCUAAACAAUCAACAUCAGAAGCUGAAGAUUUACAGGAUGGAGAGCAUGAACAAGAGGAAGCUCAUGAAGAGGAUGAUGAAGAGGAAGAGGAGGAAGAAGAGGAGCCUCAAGAACCUGAGCAAGUAGAAGAACCCCAAGAACAACCAACCACCGUUCCCUACGACGAAGAAACUCAAAAACUCGUUGAAAAGGCUAACGCAGCUCGUUCAGAAUAUCAAGAAGCUGAAAGGCAAGUACGAGACAUCGAAAAUGAAAUCAAAGACAUCCAGUCAUACCUCCAGAAAGACUUUGGCCAGGAGGAAGAGUACGCCACUCUGGAAGGCCAAUGCUUCGAUUAUGAGGACCUGGAGUACAUCUACAAGCUCUGUCCUUUUGAUAGAACUACUCAGCAGCCCAAGUCAGGCGCAGCCGAUACCCGUCUAGGUUCGUGGGGCCACUGGUCUGGGCCUGAGUCAAACAAAUAUGAGCAAAUGACUUACGAAAAGGGCCAGUCUUGUUGGAAUGGCCCGACCAGGUCGACGAUAGUGCGUCUGAGUUGCGGCGGCGAAAAUAAAGUUACCAGUGUUUCAGAACCGAACAGAUGCGAAUAUCUUUUUGAUUUCGUCACGCCUGCGGCAUGCUACGAGGCGCCGGCCGACGCCUCUGAGGACCUCCAUGAUGAGUUGUGAGGUUUGAUGUUUGGUUCGCAACUUGGUGUAUUCAAUGAUUCCUGAUAUUUAGUUGUGAUUUGAAUGAAUGUUAGUUUAAGUCGAGGGUAUAUAUUUUUCAAAUUUGGACCAUUUUUGUCUCUUUCUUUAAGAUGUAAAAUAUGUUGAGUAAUAAUUGUAGGAUUUUACUUGAACUGAUUUAUUUGUAUUUAUUGCUCUGAGCUAUAAAAAGUUGAAUAGAAAAUAUCAUUUACAGUCUGAACAAGUUUAUAAUUCAGUCAUGAGUCAGAUUUAUUUGAGCAAAAUUUUUCAGGUCCUCAAAAUAAGUAGUAGAAAUAAAGUAGAAUGAGUUGUUUGGUAGGUCAAAUAUAAGUUAUUUCUACGAAUCGCACGUUACAAGCUACUGCUUCAGAUACUCUCAGUGCGAGAACUAAAUUUAUAUCUCAAAGUCCCAAUAACGAACUAGAUUGGCCAACUGUGUGUUCAUUCGUAUUCAGAGGGUGAGGGCUUAAUGUGAGGACAGAGGCAGGGCCCAUGGUGAGAACAUUGGGGGUGGCGGGAUGUCUAUGCAAAUGUAGACCACAUAAUAAAAUGCGAACAAACUGUGUCCAACAUUACCACGCACGACUUCAUAGAGAGGCCAUUGAGAUCUAUAAACAUCUCAACAAUUUAAACAGAACAGAAGGUAUACUGGUCAACAGAACGUGGUAUCCAGUGUUCCAAAAGGCCAGAAGUGGACUAGAAUACAACUCGGAUCGACAUCCCUCCAGUGGCAUACCUGUUAGCAACGUGGACCAAUCAGAACAAUCUAGUGACAUUGCGGACCAAUCAGGAGUGAGCAUCUCCCACCAUCACCGCUCCCGUUGGCCAAGCUGCUAUUCCCACCAUUAGCCCCACUGAAGUAUAAAUAAAAGUGAGCAGGUAGCUCACUAUUCAUUCAUUAGUGAGACUUUGAGAUAUUACUUUCGUCCUCGUGCAUACCCCUGAUGAUGUCUGUCGCAGUAUCAGACGAAACGUUUGAUUAAAUAUGGCAGGGUUAAAAAUGAGAAUUUAACCAUUUGGAAGUUUUCAGUCAACAAAGUUUCCGGAAUCUACGUUGAUAAAAUACCAUUGUUACUUGUGAAAGUUGUUGGGGGAAUAAGAGUAGCUAAAAAUAUUGAGUUUGCGCUAGUAACAUAUCAGUUUAAUAUCAUAUUGUCCACAAUGUGUUUAUAUGCAAAAAGGUUGUCAUCUUCACUUUUCUUCUUCUACUUUUUUAAUCUUUUCUUCAUUAUGGUUAGGCACAACAGACGAUAUCUCUACUCAUAAGCUAACCUUUUUGACAAAAAUAGGUAUAUUUCUAUUAACAAUGAAAUAAUUCAUCAUCAAAAAUUAUACUGGGAAUCUGUAAGCCAAUCAUUAAAUUUGUCUUUUUAUUGUGAACACUGCAAAUAAAUUUUACUCUUGAGUACAUAAAAUUUUCACAUUUGCUAAUAGCAACUAUCUUGACAUAUUUCUUUGUUUUCCCAUAGUUUUUUGUUGUCUCUAGCGCCAUCUUACGGCAAUGGUCCUUACAACUGGCAAAUAAUAAAUUAUACAAAAAAUAUAUAUAUAUAUAUAUAUAUAAGGAGGCUCUAUCUAUAUUCUUCCCCCCCACUCGAAGUGCAAUAAAUUUGUUGAUCAAUUUUUUAUGCAGGAAAUAGUUUCGCCAUCUGAAAGUGAGGUGUUUCAGGAUUUUUACAAUAUGACUACUGUUGUCGAUGCUUGAAUUCUCCCAGCUAUUAUUUUGCCUAAUAUAAACAUGUUAAUCUUUCAAACUAAAUUUUUAAAAAUAGCAAUUGAAUCAAUAUUGUGAAUUUAUUUGAAACUCCGACGAAACAUUCUAUUCUUGUGACUAUACUCUGAUGUCUCAUUCUGUUUACUCAGGAGGAGCCCCUCUUGUAUAGAUCAGCGGAGACAGCAUAAGUUUUUGGUGCUGAAAAAUACAUAUUCUCUAUUCGUACAAAUCUGUAUACAACAUACUGCCAUUGCAUUUAAAUUUGUUGUCUACAAGUCUUGAGGAAGUUUCAGUUGGCUCAUUACUACUGAUGAAAAUUAUUAAUUCUAAGAAACAGUUAUUUCAUUAUUAAUUUGCUGAACUGUUGGUCACAGAGCAAGGAAAGAGAUAUUUAAGAGUACAAUUUUUCUUUGAUAGGCAAGAAAUUAUUCAAUAAAUUGAUGGAUGUAGCCGUUAUUAGGUGGUAGGAGAUAUCUAUGAAAAAUAAACUUCCUAUGUUUUUACUUGUAUUUGUAACUAACGUGACUGCAGUUCGUCCCUCAAUGACAUUUUCAAACUAAUACAAUAAACUCGGUUUAUUGUUCUUGUUGGAUGAAACUGAAGUAACGUUAGUUGAGAAGACAACUGGUAUGAAAACAUAGGAAGUUUUAUUUCUCAUUUUUUAUGAAAUUAUUCAAUGAUUUUUCAGCUAGGAUUGAUUCAGAUUUUUACAGCAUUGAUCAAACUAGGAGAAAUGGGAAAAUACUGUAAAGAAAACUUAAUUUUCAGUGAAUUUUAUAGCUCAUUGCUCAUUAUAUGGCAAUAUUUUUUGUUCCAUUUCAUUUUUAAAUGUGCAACGUCAUCGAGACCAUAUUAUUGACCCAAAGGUUGUGUGGAUUUACUUGUAGUAUUUUGUUAAAGAUGUACACAUGUUCAUUGAAUAAAAUUAUGUUUAUACAA